AUUUUCUCUAUCUAGAAUACUGAAACAAUGGGUUCCAAAUGUUCAAUCCUCAACGAUACUGAAUACGAUGUAUGGAUAACACAUGGAAUAAACUGGCAGUCUUUGGUUUUUGCUGUUGAUAUCCUGUUAUUUGUAGCUACAAUGGGUGCCGCCAGUGGCAGUACAGUAAAUACUAAUGCGGUGAAGGUAGCUUCUGUUGUAAAAGAUCCACUUGAAAACCUUCGACGUUUUGGUAUGAACAAACCAGAGGAGACAAAAACAGAUACGAAUUUAGCUUACGAGUUGAUCAAGCCUGGUGAAAAGUACACGUGGUUUGGUACACUAUCUCUCCACAUGCGUGUCUAUGUUAAGAAUCAUAAGUUGCAGCUUGACGAAAACGUGUGUUUUACUGGUCCCACUCCCGACUCUGAGAAUGUCUACCCCAUUUCUACAUAUUUUAAAAAGUUGGACAUUAAGACCAACAAAUAAUUUAUGAUGACAUGAACUCUAGUUGUUGUGGUUAUUUUGUUAGCAGCUUGAUAAACCUAUUACUGUAAAGCCACGGUCAGACGAG